AGGCGGUCUCCACAUGGCCAGAAACAACACAAGCGUGAAAAACGUAGUGAAUGGGAUAUGGUACGUCUUUUACUUUUUUAGUUAGGAGUAGAACUGUAGUACAGUACUUCUAAAAGAAGGCUGUCGUUUCUGGUGUUCAUCUCUAUGUAUAUGAACAAACGGUUCUAUCUUGUUGCUUUUACUUUUCUUUGUUAGGAGUACAAGAACAACAUACAACUGGCGUUCUACAGUUUUGCUUGUCUUUUGAAGAUAGAACAAGAUCUUUCUUGUUAAUCUUCUGAAUCUACCUGCGUUGUAUGGUGCCUUCUGGAGUGCUAUUGUAGUAUGUUUAAGCGUAUUUUCUCUCCGCUCGAUGGUCCUCGUCCGCUCGAUGGUCCUCGUCCUUACGCCAAAAAGUAGAUAGUGUAGCACGCCUACAACGUACUUGACUUCUGCAUGAGCAUCGUCUUGUCCUCAUCUAGACAUUUUUGCUAUGUAUCCUGUCCUUUUUUUUGUGUAUUCAAGGCCAGAGAGUGAGAGUGAGAGCUACGUCUUCUAGUUUAGACCUAUAAUGCACCAUUUCCGCCCCACCUUCUUGUUCAGGCUCAGGCACCAGAAUGGUAGAAGCAGAGCAGUUCGUCGUUUGAACACUCAGACCUACUCCAUCAUUUGUCGGUUGGUUGUGUUCUUCCAAUACUAGGAAGCACCUUCAUCUUUCAAGAGAAAGUGCAACUAGGUCUGCUUUCAAACGAGAAAGUACAACUCAGGGUCAGGGAAUACGAGUCACAUUCUUUCAUAUCUUCACCCCUUGGACAAGACAAACCCCCCUUCCGCCUUUGUGUUGGACUUACCCAACGAAAUGUGGGCAAACUACCACUGCUACUAACAUCUUCAAACAUUCCUAUCCUUAUAAAACUUUCUUGUCAGGGACAUGGUCAAGUGGUGGAACCAGGUGGACGCGGAAAACGCUUACUUACGUGCCUGCAAAGGAGUUCACGGCACAACACUACGUGGCACAGACUAAUUUAAGGUCGCCUAGGAGGAGUGGUCAUCCUUGGAGUCAUGAUCCUAGGAGGAGGAAUCAAGCUAGUGGUCUUCAUCGACAGGGGAGUCAUCCUUGGAGUCAAAGUCAUGGUCCUAGGAGGAAUCGUGAUCCCUUCAUUGAGAGAGGAAUCCUAGGAAUCUUUAGAGUUGAAGGUGGUCGUGGAGAACGAAAUCAGAGAGCAGUUGAAGGAGACGACUCCUCCUCACGCUCGCCAGAAUGACCAAUUGCGGUUGUAUUUUUAAGGCUUGAGGAAAUCCAACUUCCCCGGCAUCGAUCUUGGUCCCAUUUUUCCUUCUUCAUUCCCGAGUCCUCUCUUCGGACGCAGGUAAAUCCAUCUUCCCCCGCAUCUUGGCCUUCUUGUUCGUGAGAGGAACAAGAAAGUAAGAGGCACCAGAAUGCUCACCAAGCUGGAUUUCUGUGUCACUUCUAAUGGUGCAAGAUGAAAGAAAUGCUUCUGCUUCACGACGAACGCUGAUGAGGAGGAGUCCGUUGGCCCGAAGCCGGAGUUGGACUUGAUGAA